CGUCGGCUGACGGCUGGAACUCGCAGCCGGACCCGGCCGACCUGCCGGCGGGAAGAGUUAGAGGACGGACCAGCCGGCCGGAAGGCGCCCAAGAGAAGCGGAAGUCCAGUGCGCGGAAGGUCCCGACCUGACAGCGGCCGCGCCAGCCCCCUCGGGGAUCGGGUGUGAGAUCGAGGCCCCGGGGCUCUGAGACCGGCCCAUCGCGACACCCUUCCCGGCGUCUCCGGCGGCUCGGCCUCGCGCAGCCCUGGAUUCUGCGCCUGGCAUCCAGGAAACAGAGCCGAGGACAGACUCUGCAGCCCCCGCCUCCCGGAAACCCGUCCCAGCAUGUCUCAGGCCACCAAGAGGAAGCACGUGGUGAAGGAGGUGCUGGGGGAGCAUGUGGUGCCCUCCGACCAGCAGCAGAUCGUCAGGGUACUCAGGACCCCGGGGAACAACCUGCACGAGGUGGAGACGCCCCAGGGGCAGCGCUUCCUGGUGAGCAUGCCCUCCAAGUACCGGAAGAGCAUCUGGAUCAAGAGAGGGGACUUUCUCCUCGUUGACCCCAUCGAAGAGGGAGCGAAGGUGAAGGCUGAGAUCUCGUUUGUGUUGUGCAAGGACCACGUGCGCGCUCUGCAGAAGGAAGGAUUCUGGCCUGAAGCCUUCUCAGAAGCGGCUGAGGAACACAACAGGAGCAGAGAGACUCAACCAGAGCUCCCAGCCGAGCCACAGUCUUCAGAAGAAUCCAACUCUGAAGAUGAUUCUGACCUCUUUGUUAACACCAACCGCAGACAGUACCACGAGAGCGAGGAGGAGAGUGAGGAGGAGGGGGAGGAGGCUGCUGACUGAGCCCCCCAGGCCCACUUCUCUUGCUCAGAGACUAGCUCCUCUGAGCUCAGACAUUCCCAGGCUGCUCUACGGAUCCCCCCUUUGCGCCCCCCCCCCCCCCCCCACUGGCUGGGGACAAGACAGAGCUCCUCUCUGAACUGGCCUCUGACCUGGAGAAUUAAACCCCUGGCGGGUGGUGACGC